GGCCGGUAGCGGCGGGAGCUGCGCUGGCCAGGGGUUCCGGCGGUAUAUCCAGGAGCGCUGCCGGCAGCGGCGGAGGGAGCUGUGGGAGCCGGACUGUGGGCGAGUCUAGGCUGUUGGAGUUCACCGCGCGCAGCUUUUAGGUUAAUUUGAGUAAGAGACCGGACCUGAUUGGCCCAGCUGUACGACCCUUUAAGAAAAUCCAUAUUCUCUGUGCAAGGAAAUAGUGACAUAGAUCAAGAUGAACGCCAUGCUAGAGACCCCCGAGCUCCCUGCCGUGUUUGAUGGGGUGAAGUUGGCUGCUGUAGCCGCCGUGCUCUAUGUGAUCGUCCGGUGUUUGAACCUGAAGAGCCCCACCGCCCCUCCUGAUCUCUACUUCCAGGACUCAGGGCUCUCACGCUUCCUGCUCAAGUCCUGUCCGCUUCUGACCAAAGAAUACAUUCCACCACUGAUCUGGGGGAAAAGUGGACACAUCCAGACAGCCUUGUAUGGGAAGAUGGGGCGGGUGAGAUCGCCACACCCUUAUGGGCACCGGAAGUUCAUCACCAUGUCCGAUGGAGCCACAUCUACAUUUGACCUCUUCGAGCCCUUGGCUGAGCACUGUGUUGGAGAUGACGUCACCAUGGUCAUCUGUCCUGGAAUUGCCAAUCACAGCGAGAAGCAGUACAUCCGCACCUUUGUUGACUAUGCCCAGAAAAACGGCUAUAGAUGUGCCGUGCUGAAUCACCUGGGUGCCCUACCCAACAUUGAGCUGACCUCUCCGCGCAUGUUCACCUAUGGCUGCACGUGGGAAUUUGGAGCCAUGGUGAACUACAUCAAGAAGACGUAUCCGCAGACCCAGCUGGUCGUCGUGGGCUUCAGCCUGGGUGGUAACAUCGUGUGCAAAUACCUGGGGGAGACUCAGGCAAACCAGGAAAAGGUCCUGUGCUGUGUGAGCGUGUGCCAGGGGUACAGCGCGUUAAGGGCCCAGGAGACCUUCAUGCAGUGGGACCAGUGCCGGCGUUUCUACAACUUCCUCAUGGCCGACAACAUGAAGAAGAUCAUCCUCUCACACAGGCAAGCUCUUUUCGGAGACCAUGUUAAGAAACCCCAGAGCCUGGAAGACACAGACUUGAGCCGGCUCUACACAGCAACAUCCCUGACACAGAUUGACGACAACGUGAUGAGGAAGUUCCAUGGCUAUAAUUCCCUGAAGGAGUAUUAUGAGGAAGAAAGCUGCAUGAGGUACUUGCACAGGAUAUAUGUGCCUCUCAUGCUGGUUAAUGCGGCUGAUGACCCCCUGGUGCAUGAAAGUCUUCUAACCAUUCCCAAGUCUCUGUCAGAGAAACGGGAGAAUGUCAUGUUUGUGCUGCCUCUGCAUGGGGGCCACCUGGGCUUCUUCGAGGGCUCCGUGCUGUUCCCCGAGCCCCUGACAUGGAUGGAUAAGCUGGUGGUGGAGUAUGCCAAUGCCAUUUGCCAAUGGGAACGGAACAAGUCCCAGUGCUCUGACACGGAGCAGGUGGAGGCUGAGCUAGAAUGAGGCUCCGGACUCUGGCGUGCUCCAGCAACCCUCCUCUGGAACCCGCGCCCCCUCGCUGGCUCUUUCAGGUCUCCCAUCUCCCAAAGUGACCUGGAUCUGACCUCACACCAUUAGUCCUAGGGGGGCCUCACCAUGCAACCUGUCUCAAGUAGGUGGCUCUUCCUGGGAGCUUCAGGCUAUUUCCGUGCGUAGUUACGGUUUUCUCCGUUGCAUUGUUAGCCAUGGUGACAAGCGACAGGAUUCUCAACUCUCCUGUCCAGUUUCAACAUCUGAUUGCUUUCAAGCCGAUUACACUAGUUUCCCUAUUAAAAAUGUGUCUGAACAGCACUUUUGCUUUGCCAAUCAAAAGGCCUUUCCCUGAGAACAGUCAAGGAUGGAUGGAUGUGAUUGCGUGAUGGCUGUUAUGUCCCGGUGUAGACCCUGACAAGAGAGCAGCACUGCAUAUAAAUGUUGAAGCUAUCAAUCAGCGUGACGCUUGCUCCAAAAGCUUGAGGCCUGCUGGGCAAAAUGUGGUCUCUGAAAUGGCAAAGGAAAGUCCGUUGAGUCACAAGCCAAUGUUUCUCCUUUGCCGUCUCCUGAGACUGUUCCCUUGCACCUUGUGCUGCUGAGACUUGCAUGGGGCACUUGGGCAAAAAGUCAGCCUCCCGGGUCCCUCCCCUCAGAGCCCGACUCAGUGGAUCUGGGAAGGGCCCGGGGAUUUUCAUUUUUGACAAGUGCCCCAGGGGAUUCUCAUCAGCAGGCAAACUGGGAAAACACCGUACUGCAGCACCUUGAAAUCCUCUUGGUGGCUUGUUCUAUUGAAAUAUGUAGUCCAUAAUGUCUCUCGGCUUCCAGGAGUCUCCAGAGCAGCAAGCCCUGUCUUGUGGCUGCCCUGUGUAUGGUCUCAGUGUGGCGCCCCCAAAAAAGCCCUGGGUGGGAGUGGGCACUUGGGCUGAGCCCCGGCUCUGCUUCUCCCCGGCUAUAUGACCCUGAAUAAGUCCCUCUGGACUUGAUCCCCUUCCUCAUGAAAUGAGGGACUUGGACCAGGUAGAUUGCCGAGACCACCACCAGUUCUGAAGUUCAAUGACAAACUCAGCGUACUGAGGUUUGCGAGAACACCCCUCCCGGGGAGCCUGGGAGUCCCUUCCCUAGGCCAGCCAUGCACUUGCUGUUUGCCUUUUCCUGCCCUUCCCCGUUUCGUAUUUCACAUGAAAAGGUGAUGGUGAGUGUCUUUAAGCACUCACUCAUAUUUUAGGUUGUUUUUUUUUUUAACACAUAUCCCUCUUAUUCUGGAUUUUGCUACCAAACAAUUCAAAAAUUGGACCUGAGUUUAGAGAAAUAUAUUUCCAGCUGAAGAGGGUGUUAAUUUGAAACCAGCUUUUUAAUUAAAUAUCUUUUAUGUGUUGUCUGUUGGUUAGAUCUUUCCCAAAUGUCUUCUCAAGUAGACAUAUCACUCUAGGGUUCAAGUACCCCUUUUCUCUAAUGCAAGAGUACUUGAAUUUCUAAGAACCCUGCACUUUGAAAAAUCAUCAGUUGCUAUCUAGAACUAAACUGAGCUAUAAAUGAAUUGCCUGAAUAUUGUUUGUUUUCUUUUAAGUAUUUUCUGUUUCAUCUCCUUUGGCUCCAGGACAGACUGGAAUAUAGCUAGUGGCUUGUGUGGAUGUUUAAGGGAGCCACCUGAGCACCUGAAAGUCAGCCCUCAGGGCCACAGGUGGAGGUAGACGAGGCAUUGGCCCCGCUGACUGUGACAGUAUGUCUGUAAGUUGAAGAAGUUGUUUUCUGACAAUCACCAGAUCAUCCUGUAACAUCAUAAAUCACCAAUGGCCAUUCCUUCAAAAGACAGAGAUUCCUGUGGUCUCUGCUUUGCUUUGUUGUAGUUUCUAAAACUGUAACCAAAUUCUGUCAUAUACCCUCCAAGUUGUCAUUUCUCCGCUGCAUGUUCUUCUAACACAGAUUGGCACUUUAUCAUCCAUGUCUCAGUUUGGAAGACAGCUCCUCUGCCAGUUUCCCCUCUCCUCAACCACAGUUGUGUUCUAGAAGCUUUAUAGACAUAGUUUGUGCUACUGCCUCCAUUCCUCAGGAUUUGGGGCCAGUAAUGUAACAAUUGAGUCAACAUCUCUGGAAGUGAGGGGCUUCCUUAUUUGCCUGAGGCCACAUCUGUCCACAUACUGACAAAGCAAUGGGCCAGGUACCCCCCACACACACACACACAGAAAAAAACUCAGUCCCCUUGUCACUCACAUGGAAGGAGGUGAGGGUCUAUCCUUGGAUCCAGGUCUGUCCAACAACUCUGGAAUGCCCUGCAGGCCUGGGACACAGCCUUUGUUACUAUACUACCAGAAUUCUACCCCCAGAACUUGGCAGGGGAUGCUUCUCCCAGCUGAAAUCUCCUUAAUGUGUAACUCUGAAUAGCACUUGCAUUCCAUUUUGGUUCACAUGAAAUCAACUGAAGCUCUUUAUUCAAGCACUGAGCUCCCCAGCAUGGAAAUGAGAACGUGACUGUAGCAGCCGUACAGGAAGAUUCUUGUCUAGACUUGAAUGGGAGCACAGAGGCACUGAAUGUGGAGAUGCCAACUGGCUAAUGAACGAGGGAGCUGUCUUUAUGUGGGUCAUCUUUUUUCCUUCCUCUGGGCUUUCUCGCUUUUCUUCCCAAAGUCCUUCAUUUCUGAUAAUGAAGUGAAUUGUCUUCUUGCCAUUAAUGUCUUAUUUGGACUAAAACAAGGCUCAUUUUUUAGAGUAUUUGAAUAUUCUGUUCUAAAAUCAAGUUAAGGAUAUAAAUUGCAUAGGUCUAGAUAAUUCUGUGGUUGGAAUUACAUUUUUAAAAUGCAAGGGAGAAAGUACAUUUCUUCACUAUAUUCCCUUUGUCCCAGACAAUUCAAAAAUGUUGAUUCCAAUUAAAUUAUAAUUAUAUAGCUUGGGGAAAAAAAGUGUCAAUCCUCUGAAUCUCUGCUACAAGGGAGUUUCAUAGCCUUGGGGAAGUUCUUCAUCUUUCCUGCAGUUACCUUAAACCAGUGAUUCUGUAGCAGAAUGAAUAUAGUUGUUUCUCACUACCGUACUUUUAACCUCUCUGCAGUGUUUUCCACUUACAAGGUACCUGCUGUUUGACUAUGAUACAUAUCUGAAAUAUACCUGAAGAGGUUUCUUGCUUCCCAUGGUCUUAUGGAACUAGGGUCCAGGAGACCCAGUUUCUCAUCCCCAGCAGCUCUCAUUCAUACUGUAUGUAUGGGCAAGUCCUAAGAUGAAGUAAUGGUUCACAUCCCCUGUCUUAAGCCAUUACAUCACCCUAGGUCAUCUCGAAGACCACUUCAUCUGCUUUCAGACUGUUUGUUUGAACCUAGCAUCUAAGGCACUUGCAGGUAGAAACAGCUGGGUCACAGUCCUAAGGUUUUACUUGAGAGGACUUGAAGAGAGGGGUUUGGGGAAAUUAACUUUUCCUACUUAGGACCACGGGUAUCAUCCAGAGCUCUGUGAAUGGGCCAGCUUCUCUUCCUUCUCUCCAUUGUCAUUGUAGUUUCCUUGCUGUUCAGUGACUGGCUGGUGAGGGCCACUGGGGCACAGUGUGACCAGGCAGGGGAUGGAGAAUUGCCAGGCAGAUCCCCCUCCUCCUUGGGCUUUCAUUCUAAAGCACAACCUCACUCAGCUGAACUGUCGGGAUAGCUGAGCUUAUAUGGCUGGCAUCUGAAUGAGGGCUCCCUUUGUAACUGAGUGACUUGAGAUGGGUUUCGCCAGCUCUGGGACAACAAUGCACGUCUUCUUAUUUGUGUUUGCCAGGGAAGCAGGUGUCAGAUGUGAGAGGCUUUUCUUUUCCUAUGGCCUUGGCCUUGAUGCUAAGUUAGAGUGACAGAUUUAAAAAAAAAAAAAAAGAAGAAGAAGAAAAAAAGAAAACAGAGUUGAAGGCUCUCAUGUGUCUCCUUUAA